AACACCCGAAGGGUGGACCAUCGUGCAGCAGCGGGGAGGUUUGUUUUUCUUCAGCUCAAGCGAGAACCCGGCCCAUGCCAAAGAAAACAAGUCAAAUGUGUCUGUGACACAAAAGGUCUUUUCUGCUCCCCACCAGACAAGCCGGCAAGUUGGCCGGGUUUCCCCGAUUCUUGUUGGGACCGUGGGCCCCUCCUCCCCAAAGGCAGGGGGAGACUGUCCGGUGCCGGCAAGACCCCCCUCAGGCCUCCAUGGACCCCCUGGCCCUGACCCCCCUUCGGCUGAAAUUGCCCUCCUGGCCGUGGUUCCCCCUGUGAUUGCAAUGGCGGCACCCGUGACAAGCCACCCCAGAUGCGACUGCCAGCUGUGCCGAAUCCACCACUGUAACGCUGACUACGUAGCAGCCACCUCUCCAGCGACAGAGGAAACCCUGCCUUCGACAAACUACUGCGGGGUUUUGCGGGCCUAUGCCCUCUGCACCCGGAAGUUGGCCCGCUUGUGCCGAGGGGAUCUCGUGUACCACUCGGCCGUCUUCCGGAUCAAAGAACUCUUUGGGCAGCACAACUGCUCCAGCGACGGACCGACCUCCUCCGUCAGAGCCCCCGGUGCCGCUGACCUCCCGGUUUCCGAGACAUGCAACUACCACGCCCGAUUCGGUUUCCAUGCCAAAUUUGCUCACUGUGGGCUCUUUGGAGAUCCUCACCUGCGGACGUUCAAAGAUGAAUUCCAGACUUGCCGAGUGGCGGGGGCUUGGCCUCUUAUUGAUAAUCAGUACCUGUCGGUACAGGUGACUAAUGUCCCUGUGGGGCUUGGAUCUGGCGCCACGGCAACCAGCAAGAUCACGCUGAUUUUCAAGAGCUUCCCGGGCUGUUCCGAGCAGAGGGUGUAUCAGGCGACCCCCGAAGAUUUGCCUCUGGCCUUCACUGAUGGCACGAGCGAUGUGGGACCGCAGGAUGGUUCUGGCAGCCUCCGGAUUCUGGAGAAGCCGGGCACGAGGCAGGUGGAGAUCCAGGCCCGCCACAUCGGCAGCAUCGUCAUCAUCCGGCAGGUGGGCCGCUACCUGACCUUUGCCAUCCGUGUGCCAGAGGACAUUCUGGGCCCUUCCGAGCACAGCGCUGGCCUCCAGCUUUGCCUCCACGGCUGCCCCCAAAACGAGCAAAUCCAGGAGCAACUGCUGAGCCCAGCAAGCUCUGGCCCGCCCUGGUCGAGCUCCUGGCAGGCCUACACGGUGGAAUCUGCCAUUGAAGAGUGCGGUCACCUUUUGCCGGUGGAGGACAUGUACUUCCAGUCUUGUGUCUUUGACUUGCUGACCACGGGGGAUUCGGAGUUCUCCUUGGCAGCCUACGGAGCCCUGGAGGAUAUGAAGGCCCUGCACCCCAGCGAGCUGCAGUUGCCCGCUGCCUCCAGGGCUGCUAGUUCGGGGGGCAGGAGGCCCAGACUGGGACCAACCGCAGCCCUGUUACUGCCCGGGCUUCUCGCCUGCCUCCUCCUUCCCGUUCGGUGCUGACAGUCGUCACCUUCUCACCAUGUUUCAUGACAGCAUGGAGGAGAAGUUGAUCUAUGGCUACCAAUCUUGAUCCUCCUUGAUCUGAGAUUGCACAUGGCUUAGCAGACCAGGUGCUCAGGAGCAGCAGCAGAAGGCCAUUUCUUUUACAUCCUGCAUGUGAGCUCCCAAAGGCACCUGGUGGGCAACUGCAAGUAGCAGAGUGCUGGACUAGAUGGACACUGGUCUGAUCCAGCAGGCUAGUUCUUAUGUUCUUAGGACAGCAGUGUGUCUUGAAGAGGAUGGUACCACAUCACUGAGCUCAUGCAGGCUGCUUCGGUGGGAGGCUGAGAAGGAGCAGCAGUGGCAUAGGAGGUUAAGAGCUCGUGUAUCUAAUCUGCAGGAACCGGGUUUGAUUCUCCACUCUGCUGCCUGAGCUGUGGAGGCUUA